ACGAUUCCGUACAUCGGCACGGUCGAGAUCGAGCGGCGGCGCGUGCUCAAGGACGGCCGCGUGAAGCUCAAGCUGUCCCUGCUUGGCGUCGCGGUGGACCGCUGUGGGGUGUGCCUGUCGCAGUUCAGACGCGGGGAGCGGGGCGCGCUUACGCCCGUGUGCAAGCAUUCGUUCCACGAGGCAUGCCUCCGUCGCUGGCUGCGUACUGCGGGCGUGUGCCCCAUCUGCCGCAUGGUCCUCUCCAUGGACGACUAG